AUGGCGGCUGUUUUGGGCAAGCAGCGACCUUCCCGCAUUAAAUUACAGCCUAUACAAUCUUUACCGACAUUGCCAGUCGCGUUAGCUGCUGAGGAACAGGAUGUGAAAACAACCCAACACAAACAUUCUACUCCACGGAAACCGUCUGAUGUGGCCAAUGAGCAGAACCUGUCAAUAUUAGAGAGAUUUUCCUUGUCAAAAGCACCAGCAAUACGGAAUGUACAAAUUAUAGACCUUGUGCAUUCAUUCGACGCAACAUUACAGGACAGCCAUGUGCCAUUUGACAGACCCUUGUUUGAUCCCAUGCCUGCUGAGGUCAUUAUACAAGGUUUUGACGUAUUGCAUACGUAUGAAGUCGAAAUUCGCUUCCGGAAUGCUGAUCGACAUGCAAGAUCUAUAAGACUGGAUCCUCUAGAUUGUCGUUUUUUUAGAGUCGGCGGCAAGUCGAAAACGGUAUAUAGUGCCACGGCAGUUGCACCUGGUAUGGAAGCUGUAUUCCUCAUUACCUUCACCCCAGAAGAAGAUCGUGACUGCCACGCAAAUCUGCUGUGUACCACUGACCGUGAAUGCUUUGUUCUGCCCCUUCGCGCCGUUGGAUCUAGAGGUUUAUUGGAUUUGCCAGAUCAGAUACUUCUGCCUUCAGGAUUUGUUCGUAAACCCUCAGCAAGCCAGUUUCUUGUUCGUAAUGUCGGUCGGAAGGACUGCGAGUUUACGUUCGAGAUUCCUAAACCAUUCUUUGUAAAACCGACAAAAGGUCAUUUAGAGGUGGACGAGGGCAUACAGGUCGAUAUUGGACUCGACGCCGUUGCACCUGGUAUAUAUGAAGCUGAGCUCUUAGUCACGUACGAGUAUGGAGAAACCGUCGCCAUUCGAGUACAAGGACGUGCCGACGAAGCCGAUGUACGCCUCGAAACCAAGGCUCUCACUAUGGAUCAAACCUACAUUUCACUGUCUUCGAGUGGCAUGGAAUCGAUCAGCAACCGGACUGAUGUUCCUAUUCGAUUCCGAUGGAAAGCAUUUGCUACAGAAUCUGAUGAUAAGGUUCACCGUAAUCAGAGGGCUUUGCAGUUACAACAGCGACAUGAGGCACAAAUCAACGACACCGAUAUCGUUGAAGUCCUCGAUCCUUCGGUGAAAUCAGAACGGCUCAAGAAUGAAAUUAGACACGUCCAGCAAUCACCAUUGCUUUUCGAAGAGAGCUCCUUCUCGAUUGAACCAAGUGAAGGUGUCAUAUGGCCACAAUCUACAAUGGAUGUUACAGUCACGUUUCAUCCUCGUACAGCCGGAUCACAUUCUUGUAUUGCCUAUUGUGAAGUAGAUGGUCGAGAAACACGGCUACCCCUUUUAUUGGAGGGUGUUGGUCUCGGUCCCAAGACGCGAUUCGUUACGUGUGAUGUCAUUGAUGUUGAAGACAUUCUCAUUCACACCGUCCACUCCUAUGAGGUCUACGUGCGAAACGAGGGCUUCAUAGAUGCUCCGUACAACCUCAAGUCGUGCGGAUCCACCAACGCCACGAAUUUAGAAUUCGUACCCAGUGAAGGUGUCCUUAAAGUUGGUGAAGAAAAGAGUAUCAUGGUGGUCGUCAAGCCAAAAGAAAGAGGAGAAUUCAAUGUUGAGUCCAUUUGGGAUAUUCAGGGCGCUCCUAUACCACUGACUUUGGGUAUUAAAGGACGAGUAAUUGGCCCAAACCUUCUAUUUGACGCCGAGGCAUUAGAAUUUGGAGAUGUGCCAUGUGGUUUCUCUGUUGUGCUGCCAGUGAAACUCACAAACUCAUCCGCUAUUCCAGCUGCUUUCAAAUUACGUAUUGCUGAUAAUCAUGAUCGCACCGUAUCAAAAGAAAUACUAUUCGCGGAACCCUCUGAAGGCCUUAUUAAGCCCAAUCAAUCAGUAGAUUUGGAAGUGACCUUCACGCCAUCUGACGUGGCCGCUCUUAAAAUAAGAAUGGUAGUCGAUGUAGAAACAGUUGGUGUAGACUUCAUAAGUUUGCCAAUGGUAGCGGCUGGUAUAAUUCCUCACAUCAUUGUGGAUCAUCCUACUAUCGAACUCGGACGAUGCUUCGUUGGUCACGAAUACAGCUCAGCCGUGAGCAUACUAAACACUAGUGACUAUCACGGCAAAUACAAAAUGAUGCCUGCUGAGCUCAAGACAGAGGAUUGGGAAUACUCUACAGUUGAAUCGGAAGGACUGCUGGCAGCCAACGACACAACUACAAUCACCGUCAAGUGUAUCGUCCAUAAGCAGGGACCAUUUGAUAUGAAAAUUCCAAUGUAUGUAUCUGGCUAUGAACGUGAACGAUGUAUAGUGCAUUGUCGUGGCAUUGGUCGUGGUGCCAAAGUAGUGAUAUCUGAAGCAACUCUUGAUUGGAGUACAAUUCCAGUCCUGACGCAUGUAACGAAACGUCUCCACCUCAAAAACGAAUCGCCUAUUCCCGCUAGCUUUGAUCUCGCAUUUGGAAAGGGGACGACAUUCCAAACAGAAUCCAUGUCUGGUGUAAUAGCUCCGAUGACAUCAAAGUCUAUAGAGAUAGUAGCGCACUUAGUCGACUUCUUGAAAAAGAUUGACGCCUUAAAUAUUGAUGUGAUGGGCGAGAUACACACCGUCAAGUUGGUUGCUAGAGGUGAAGGGACUACUGUAACAUAUGACGAAUCACUGAAAUCUAUAGCUUUCGGCAACGUUUUUGCCGCGUCGGAUUGUAUUCGAGAAGUAGAGCUCAAGAACGAAGGAGCUAGAGCAUACAGUUUACGAUGGACGGUAACAGAAACUUCAGCCAAACCACAACCGGAUGGAAUUCCAAUAUUCGAAAUUCAGCCCUCACGGUUUGUUUUGGAGCCGGGAAAGACACAAAGUUUUGUGAUCAAAGCAUUCUCUGGGAGAGCUACUACAGCAAGUGCUGCUCUGGUAUGUCAAGGCACUGUAGAUAAGGAUCCAGCUAGACGACAGAUUGUAGAGUCAAAAGUCACUGCCACAUUUGUAGAACCGAUAUUUCUUGCUACUCCAUCACAGCUGCCGUUUGUAAUCCAACAUGCAAAAGCUGAUGACCCAGACUUUUGCACUCAAGACAUCGUCUUCACCAACAAGACGCCACUGCCGGUACAGCCCUCAUUCAAUUUCACGUCGCCAUUUAGUCUAUACACGUCGGAUAUACCGGUAGAUGCCGCUGUAGCGCCUGGUCAAAGCAUCACGUUGUCUGUAAUGUACGAUUUAUGUACGGGUGAUGGACCCACACGUAUCUGCCGUGUGGACCGGGGUGUACUCAAUGUCUCUUAUGCAGAGCAUCCACGUAAAGAGACUAUACAGUUGGAAGGCACAGCUACCUUCCCGAAUCUAUCAUUCCGACCAGAGACAGUCAAUUUUGGUCGUGUCUUGGCGUUCAAAGAACAACGCAAGUCCUUUACUAUCUAUAAUACCAGUCCUUUGCCAGCAGAGUAUUCGUGGUCGAUAGUGACGGAAGGGUCGACUGCAUCAGACUUUGAUUUGCAACCAUUGCAUGGUCGUCUGGCCUGUAGAGCAUCUCAGACCGUCGAGGUCUCGGUAUUGCCAACUAGAGAAGGUGUAAUUAGAUCUUACCUUAUAUGUGAUGUCGUGGGAGGUCCACAGUAUUCAUAUCCAUUGGUCGCAGAAGCAUGUGCUACUAUAGUGGACUCGAAGCCAGAACUUGUAAGCAAGGCAGAUCAGAAGAAGGCAUUGGCAGCAGAACAAGUCGCAAAAGAUAUUGCACCGAUACAGUCUAUAGUUAUCCCGACUCUAGAAUUCUCGUCGACGGAUUUAGACUUUGGUACGAUAUACUGCGGCUGCCGAAAAUCUCUGUUUAUUAGAGUCACCAAUACUGGUCAACUCACUGGUGGUUGGUCUGGAGUAAAGAUUCACUACCCAAAGAAGACUGCUUGGGGUAAAGAACCAGAACGGCUUCCCGCAGGCACGUUUGAGGUGUCGCCACCCUCGCAGCAAUUAGAACCCGGUGACUCUAUAGUAGUGACGAUCAAAUACUCGCCCCAAGAUGAGCGGGUCUAUAACCAGACGCAAGUGAUACAGCUUGUUGGUGGAGCCAAGCCUGUAAAACUCACCAUGAGCGGGAAGGCUCAAAACUUGAUUCCGAUAUUCUCUCCCGCACCAAUUGUAUUUGGGCCUAUAUUACCAUGCACCGAAUUAGAAUUAGCCGUCAAAGUAACCAAUCCAGCGUCGGUCCCCAUCGAAGUGUAUUCACUAGACUGUGAUCAGCAAUAUCUAGACGAAGACGAAACGCUACGCAUGUCGGCUCGAGCAGAAAGAGCGAAUCUUUUUUGCAUUCCGCUUCGAGAGGCUGGCCAGCCACUCAAACUAGUAGAUCCUGUUGUAGAGUCAGUCCAUGAGGUCCGCCUUGUAAACAUCAUCGUCUUGCAUGGCCCACCAUAUUCUGGACGCUCAUUGCAAUCAUCAAAGAUUGCCGAACUGUAUAAGUAUCAACUAGUAAGAUUUGAUGAAUUUAUAUCUGCUCCUGCUAUGGUCCGCCGUCAGUCUAUGCAACUGGAAAAGGAUGUUGGAUCCAGUAACUCUACAUCAAUGCACCCGAUCCCAGCAGCUCAUAAUGCGGAUGGGUCACGCUUGGAAGUAUCUAAUACGCCCAUGGACGAGACUUCGUUUAACGAGUUGGUAAAGGCACGACUGUUGAAGGACGAUUGUGCAAAUGGAAUAGUUAUAGAUGGGUUAGAAUGCGCCAAUCCAGUCGCUUCGCCUAUUGCUUGUAUGAAGUCUCUACUACGUCUGUUGGCUGAUGGACGAAGAAUUGUGUUUGUGCAUCUUCAGGCUAGCGUGCAACUUAUUCAUGAGAGGGAAGGGCUUGUCAAGAAACAAUUGGAACAGAAGCGCAUUGAUGCUGAAGCCCUGGCUGAUGUUCCCGAAUAUAUGUAUGAGAGCCUGUCGCCUGCUGAAAAAGCCAAGAUUGACAAGGACGUUGCCAUUCAAAAGAAACGCAAGAAGGAAUUGUUGGAUCAACAAAAGGCUGAACGUAAAAAGGAGGACGAGCACAUCACUGAGAAGAAGGAAGAAAAGACUCGUGGUGGUAGAAGGGUAGGCACUGGUCGUGCUGAAAAACCGACAGGCAAACCUGACCCCAAAGGUUCUUCCAAAGGACAACCAGAACGACCUAGUACGCCUCCCAAGCAAGCUGGUCGACAUCCUCAGCAGAAAACUGAUAACGCCGAAACUGAAAACUCGCUGCAAGUUCCAAAGGCUGGUGAUGGCACUAGUAAUGCUGAUGGAUUCUUGUUUGAUCGAUCGGCCCGUGCCCUUGAAUCGUAUAAGUCUAGUGUAGACGCACUUGUUGCACUUAUCAAAGAAGCUAUUCAGCCUGCCGUUGUUCAGCCGACUGAAAAGAAGGCAACGCCCGCAGUGGUAGUAUCUGGUCGACCACAAACUGCCAAUACCACCUUAACUGUAUUGCCGACUGUAGCCCCAACAGAGGGGGACGUAGAUGGUCCCUCGUUGCUGUACAAGGAGGUUGAUACCAACAUGGAUGUCAAUAAUGUGACAGACCUGGUCAAGGCAUCAAUCCCCGUCGCUCCUCCAGAAGAAGCUCCAGCUGUGGAAAUCCAAACCAUUCCACCACCAUUACUGCAAACUCUAUAUCGUAUCCCAGAUUUCUCCGAUAUUCCAUUAUCUAAACAGUUUUCAUUGCUGCCUACAAGAGGCCUUCUUACUGGUGAUGUACCGAAAGAACAUGAUCCAGAUGUAAAUAUCGAAACUAUACAAGUCGUUGCACCAACUCCUGCUCCAGCACCAGCUCCAUCUGCUCCAGCAGCUGGAAAAGGAGGAUCAAAGGCACGUCCGCUGGCAAAAAUUGCGGAUGAAGGCUUAAAGCCAGUAGAACUCGAAGACGAAAGUGUAGUCAAGGAUGCCGGUAUUCGUCGAUACCGAUGGGUCAUUCCAGCAAACGAAUCCAAGGAUGUGAUAAUAAAGUUUACGCCAAACGAAGAUGUAGGCAAAUUUAAUCACGAAUUCAUGUUUGGUGUAAUGGGAUAUCCUGGACGCCAUUUGCUGCCAUGUGUAGGACAAUCGCAAUAUCCGUAUAUAGCAUCUGAUCCGUCGCUUGUCUUCCCUAUACGGCUCAAAUCGGCCAGAGCUGGCAAGACUUCUAGCUUUAACUUUGGGCCAGUCUUGUAUGGAAAGACUAAAGAUGCUGAUAAAUUCCCUGAAAACCAUACUGUCUACAGGCUGGAAAACAUAUCGUCCUUCACAGUCCAUGCUGACCUGUGUUGGCGGAAUGAUGUAAGGUCGGAUAUAUUCAGCAUGACAACAGCAAAUAUGGCUGGCAAGAAUCAGCAUGAAGCGCUGUCUAUAGAACUGCCACCUGGGCAGUUUGAGCCAAUUGGCUUGGCAGCUUAUCCACGUGCAUCAGGAGUAUUUGAAGAUGCUCUGGUAGUUAGCGUCAGAGACAAUCCUACACCAUUCGUAUUUAAUCUAUCAGUCACUGGUGUCAAGCCUGAAUUUGAAAUGGCAAGCAAAGUUUUGUCUUUCGAAAGGGUGCUAUUGGGUCGUAAAGAAAAGAGAGAAAUCAAAUUCAAGAAUGUGACGACACUUCCAGCAUCGUGGAAGUUGAUUGGUGUAGAAGCUCUUGGAGAAGAGUUACGAUUGGCGCCCCUAGAUGGUAUUGUUGCAGCUGGCAAAGAAGCUGUCAUCACCUCUGAGUUCCAGUCUAAACGACCUAUAAUGCUUAAGAGGUUGUUGAAGCUCGAAGUAACAGACAAGACAGGCAGUGUCACUCAGACAGAGAACCUGUCGGUAAUCGCUGAAGCAUAUGAUGUAUCGGUUGAAUUGCAUACUCCUAAGCCAGGCGCAAUCGAGUAUGGCGUCCUUAAAGUAUUCGAUGAUGCUAGAGCAACAUGCUCUCUUCGUAACAGAGGCAAAUAUGAAGUCGGGUGGCGCUUUGUAUUUGAAGAGAAGUCAAUGAUGUCCUUUGUCACCGUGUCACCAAUGGAAGGAGUAUUGCAACCAUCAGACAAGUUUACACCCGUAUUCGUAGCAUUCAAAGCAUCAACCGAAGUAGCUAUAACCGAGGGUAUAAUCAAAUGUCAUUUCUUUGAAUUGACAACGAACGAAAUCAUGUGUACCUAUCCCAUCAAAAUCACUGGUCGUGCUGUAUUUAGUAAAUUCACAAUCACACCUUCGAAUGAACUCACGUUUGGACCAGCUGUGCAUGGUGCUGGCAAGAUAUCAAAGCAGAUCGUAAUCGAAAACUCUGGUGAUUUCGAUUUUAGGUUCUGCUUGUCACGAUUGGAAGCCAAUCCACCACCUGCUGCGAUAGGUAGUGGGAGAGCUAUAUCGGUGUUUGCUCCACUGCCUGUUACUCCUCAGACAGUAACACAACCUACUGCAGCUACUGCAGCUGUCGAUGGAAAAUCAGCUAGUAAAAAGCCCGUUGCGACAAAGAGUGUUGCUAAACCUACAGCUGAAAGGCCCAAUUCACCACCACAGUCUGUUGUUUCAGUACCUGUUGCUCGAACAGUGACUCGUAAAGAUGCUGGAAAGCAGACUGAGAGCUUGACUGCUGCUUCAUUCCGAGUAUUCCCGUCCAACGGUAAUAUCGCACCAGGUAGCAAACAAAUAAUUUCAGUAGAGUUCCAUCCUGAAGUAUGUGGUGUCUAUGAUGAAUCGCUAGGUAUCGAUAUAUCCGAUAGAUCUCCCACCGAGUCAGACCCAAUUGACUUCAGACUUUAUGGUGAAACAUGUGUACCAGGAAUAGCAGCUGAUCCAUCGACGAUCUUUGAUGGAUGUGUCAUAAUCCCACGACUCGAUCCAGGAUAUGGUAGUUUCCUUCAUUACGCAAUGGAAGAGAAAGUCUUGAAUUUCGGCCCAACACUGCUACAACCCAGUGUCGUAAAACUAAAGUUUGUAAAUCCUGGUAAAGUCCCCUGUGACUUGUCAGUCAAUGCCAAGACAUUACAAAAAGCUGUCCGGGGUAACAAGAAUGAUACAUCAGAUUGUGCCUUUGAUGUAGAUUGUAAAAAGUGUACAUUGGCAAGCUCAGAGACCAAGAUUGUUACCUUGACAUUCUCGCCAACUGCCACCCAAGCAUAUAGUGCCACGCUAGAAAUAAUGAUUGAUGGUGUACCCGACCAACGAUAUGCAUUAAUGACUUGUGAGUUACGUGGUGAGGGAGCCAUUCCACGUAUCGCUUUGGAGAAGCCUGUGCCGAAUGUGCCAGUAAAACCAGCGCCAGGAGCCAAACCCGUAUUGAAUCAACCCACUACGCAGCUACGCUUCCGACGCCUCUUUUUGGGUAAUUCGCAGUCUCUACCUGUAGUACUGAAGAAUCCCAGUAGCAUAAACGCCGUAGCACAAUUCGAGCUGGUCGAUGAGUCAAACAAUGUCGUUGACUUUGAAUUGAGGGGCUGUGAUAGACAAGAGACUAUACGACCCGGCUCAACACUAGCAUUUGAAGUCACAUGUAGACCUGUAAAUCAGGGUAAACUAGCUGCGUCACUCAGGAUUAAGUUGAUGGAUUCGGAAGCUGAAGCAAUGACUAUUGCUUUAACGGGUGAGGGUGCUAAAGACGAUGUCUUGCUAUCCAUGAUGGAAUUACCCAGUGGGUUGGACGAUGAGAAUCCCAUCGCAUUAGGACGCAUCCCGACUCAACAGGCUCAAUUGAAUAUAGUCACAGCUACAAACCACUCGAGUGAUCAUGUACGAGUCUCCUUUGUCCCAUCUGUAGCAGCAGUCGUAACAGCCACAUCACCAGUGAUAUCAUUCUCACCACCGACCUUCCAUCUGGCACCAGGACGAGAUAAGAAGAUUACACUGAGUGUGACCCUGUCAGAGUUGGUGGAUUUCAGUCAGUCGAUUGUGUAUAAAGUAAAUAGGAUUCGGUAUUCGGCUGCUUCUGAGGGUGCUAGUGAAUGGGACUCGGAAAAAACCAUUAUUAGAUGGACGAGAUCGGAUGCUGGGCCUGUGAGGUCUGUUGAGCCGCAUCCUGAACCGAAAUAUGAGACGCUGUCGCAGACUGAUAGGACGGUCACGGUUACCGCUACGGGUAUUCCGCCGUUACCAGUAACUUAA